CUUGCCGGUACCUGGCGACGACAAACACCUCGACUCCCUUUGAAGACAUUAAGCAUACCACUAUGUCAGCUGCAAAAGACAAGUCCAAGGUUCACAAGCUGUCCUUGAAAGGAUCGGCGAAGCUGGUCGCGGAAUUCUUUGAAUACUCCAUCAACUCUAUCCUUUUCCAGCGGGGCGUGUAUCCUCCGGAAGACUUCACUACUGUCAAGAAAUAUGGCCUCAACAUGCUCGUCACCUCCGACGACCAAGUCAAAGCCUACAUCAAGAAGAUCAUGUCGCAACUGAAUAAGUGGAUGAUGGGUGGAAAGAUCUCCAAGCUCGUCGUCGUCAUUACAGACAAGGAGACCGGGGAGCAUGUGGAGAGAUGGCAGUUUGACGUUCAAAUCUUCGGCAAGCACUCCAAGAGCCACUCUUCCAAGACAACCGGCGACAAGGAGAACGCAACUCCGGGUGACAAGGAAACCCAACCCGCAACCGUGGAGAAGACGGAAAAAGAGAUCCAAGAAGAAAUCCAGGCGAUUUUCCGUCAGAUCACCGCCUCGGUGACCUUCCUGCCCGUGCUGAACGGGUACUGCACAUUCAACGUCCUGGUGUACGCGGACGCCGACUCGGAGGUGCCCGUGGAAUGGGGUGACAGCGAUGCGAAGGAGAUCAAGAACGCGGAGAAGGUGCAGCUGCGCAGUUUCAGCACAAACAACCACCGGGUUGAGACUCUGGUCAGCUAUCGCCUUGCCGAUUAAUUUCACAUUCUACAUGAUUUCGCGGGCGUUACGGUAUAAGAGACAGGCAGAACAGGGAGCAUUUGGGAAUAACGAUUUCAUUUUUCGGAUGACGUAUCUAUCUAUCGACUUCUAAGCCAAUGUAUACAUGACAAAAGCAGCAGCAGCAUUCUAUAGAAUGAGUUGACAAUCAGCUACUACUCCC